AUGGCGAAUAAAUUUGGAUUAGGUUCUUUACCUUUAGAUAAUAAAAAACCUAACACAACAGCAUGGAUAAAUAAAGCAAAACCUUAUUUUGUGGAACAAAUUGGAGACACGCUUGAAGUAAAUAAAGAACAUUUAAAAGAAAGAAAAGGCGAUGUGAAAAGAUACUUCAAACGACAAAUAAAUAAUAAACAUUUUAUUGAUGAUACUAAAUUACAACAAGAAGUAACAAGUUUAAAAAGUUUUAUUGAAGGACAAUUACUUAAUGUAGUAGAUAAAACUCAAUUACAACCUUUAAGUUCAUUAAUAUCUAAUUUAGAUGAUAAAAUUACAAAACAAAAAAUAGAUCUUAAACAACUAAUAGCCAAUAUUAAUCCAGGUAUAAGUGAAGAUAAAUUAACAACAUUAGAAACUAAACUUAUUGAUAAUAGUGAAAUACAAAAACAAAUAGUUGGUAUUAAACAACAAUUACUUAAUGUAGUAAAUAAAACUCAAUUAUAA